AUGGUGAUCACAGUCCAGCGGGACCCCGGGACCCUGGGGACACAGCUCGGACCGCCCCCCAUCACUGCUGACAGCCCGCCCGAUCCUGACAGCCUGGGUGGCCAGGGUGACUGUGUCAGAGCAUCGACCCCCCAGCUCUGCAGAGGACGGAAGGGGACCCCAGAGGCUGAGACCAGCGGCUCCUCAGAGGACGAGGACGAGCGGCCCCCAGGACAGCUGCACGGGGCCAGCGGCCAGGGCGAGGACGGGGUACAGAGGGACAACCCCUCUCAGGGGGCCUUACUUCCUCCGAUCAGCGGCCGCCCCCUCGACUCGCCGUGCGGGGAGAGCCUGGAGUGCACGCGCGGCGCGUGCCGCUGCCGCUGGGCGCACGCCGUGUGCGGCACGGACGGGCACACCUAUGCCAACGUGUGUGCGCUGCAGGCGGCCAGCCGCCGGGCGCUGCAGCUCUCGGGGACGCCCGUGCGCCAGCUGCAAAAGGGUGCCUGCCCGUCGGGCCUCCACCAGCUGACCAGCCCGCGGUACAAGUUCAACUUCAUCGCCGACGUGGUGGAGAAGAUCGCGCCGGCCGUGGUCCACAUAGAGCUCUUCCUGAGACACCCGCUGUUCGGCCGAAACGUGCCCCUCUCCAGCGGCUCGGGCUUUGUCAUGUCAGAGGCCGGCCUUAUUGUCACCAACGCCCACGUGGUGUCCAGCACCAACACUGUCUCGGGCCGGCAUCAGCUCAAGGUGCAGCUACAGAAUGGGGACACCUACGAGGCCACCAUCAAAGACAUCGAUAAGAAGUCGGACAUCGCCACCGUCAAGAUACACCCCAAAAAGAAGCUCCCAGCACUGCUGUUGGGCCACUCGGCUGACCUGCGGCCGGGCGAGUUCGUGGUGGCCAUCGGCAGCCCCUUUGCCCUGCAGAACACGGUGACCACGGGCAUCGUCAGCACGGCCCAGCGGGACGGCAGGGAGCUGGGCCUGCGCGACUCGGACAUGGACUACAUCCAGACGGACGCCAUCAUCAACUACGGGAACUCCGGGGGACCGCUGGUGAACCUGGACGGCGAGGUCAUCGGCAUCAACACGCUCAAGGUCGCAGCCGGCAUCUCCUUCGCCAUCCCCUCGGACCGCAUCGCACGCUUCCUCACAGAGUUCCAGGACAAGCAUGUGAAAGAUUGGAAGAAGCGCUUCAUCGGCAUACGGAUGAGGACCAUCACGCCCAGCUUGAUGGAGGAGCUAAAGGCCAGCAGCCCAGACGUCCCGGAGGUCAGCAAGGGGAUUUACGUGCAAGAGGUUGUUCCCAAUUCACCUUCUCAGAGAGGGGGCAUCCAAGAUGGCGACAUCAUCGUCAAGGUCAACGGGCGCCCGCUGGCGGACUCGAGCGAGCUGCAGGAGGCCGUGCUGACCGAGUCUCCCCUGCUGCUGGAGGUGCGUCGGGGGAACGACGACCUCCUCUUCAGCAUCGCGCCCGAGGUGGUCCUGUGAGGCCGCCGCCUGCCCCGUUGCCAAGCGCCAGAGCCCGCGGCCAAGGACCGCUGCCAGCCCGGCGGUUCCCGCGGGAGCCGCUGUCCCCCGCGGGGUCAGGACGAGGGACCAAGGUCGGUCCUCAGCAGAGCCAGCGGCCUCCUCCGGCCGUCUAGGGACAGAGCCGUGUCUGGGCUUGGCCGGGGGUCCACAUCUCAGCCUCGGGAGCGUCGGCUUCUGCAUCAUGGCGCCCAUGGGAGCAGCUCACGGUCCCCUUCUACAGCUGUCCCUAGGGCCACCUUCCAAGUCCUCGGGGUGAUGUAAAGUGAUUCCGACACUUGAGAAGACUCCUCUGAGGUCCCCGCAGCCACCCUCUCUCCCGCCCUCCCGAUGCCUCUGUCUGCGUGCCCCACCCCGCUCCCACCCACCCUCACCCCAGGUCUCAGCUCCCCAGCCUCCCUGGCCCCCUAUGCGGAAUGACCAAGGCUGUCUGCCCUGCCAGCCUGGUGUCCCUGGAGAGCAGGCCACGUCUGACCCCUUGAGGAGUCAGGUGUAGGAGCAGGCACCGAGGGAUGUCCCCUGGCUGCCCAGCGGAGCCCCACAGCUGGCGGCGAGGUUCCCCUCCCCAGGCGGGAGAGAAGCCGGCAGGGAGCGGUGUGGUCAGCGCCCUCGGAAGGCUGCUUGUCCUCCUGCAGGUGACUGUGGGAGGGUGGCAGAGGAAGCUGGGAGCUGCCCGGAGGAGGGGCUGCAAGGACUGAGCCGCUUGGCCCCCCGUGCCGUGUGCACGGGGCGACCGUGUCACACCACCCUGGAGCUACGGGAAAGCCCCCUGCUCCCAGUGGGGCCCGCGCCUUUUGGGGUGUAUCUUUGAGCUUCGCUGUACAGCCGCCCCCCACGUUGCUUGUACUGUG